UAUUUUCUUAUUAAUAUAGGAGUUAAUCCAUAUCUUUUAAAUUAGUAUUUUGUAAUAUAAAUAAAAUGAUCAUUUAUAAGCUUUAUUUUCCUACAAGGGUCAAAGUGUGACCUUUGACCACCCAAGUUAUGGAUAUUACACAUCUGCCACAACCUAGGGCUCGGGUCGUGACAGAAAAAUAGUAUCAGAGCACCGGGUUUAAUUACCUCGGAGUGUGUCACCAAAUAGUUUAGAUUUAUUUUAAAUAAUAAUAGUAAUAAAUAUCUUGGUAUUUAUAUGUAUAAGGCAUAUUUAUAUUAUUAGCAUCAAAUCUUCACUAACUGAUUAGCUUUUGGUUCUCAGACCUAAGAAAAUGCCUCCAAAAGGAAAGAAGACAAGGAGAACGGUUGGAGAAGACGCCCCUGAAGCUAAUGUCCAACCUCCACAAGAUGAAUUCCCUAUGAACGUCCUUCUCGAAGCCUUAAGAGCUAUUCCCGCUCAGCAAAUGGAUCCUGGCGCUCGACAGAGUCAUCAUUUUCAGAUCUUUCAUCGAAUCCAAGUGCCUGAGUUUGAGGGUGGACAAGAUCCCAUGGUAGCUGAAAGGUGGUUGAGGCAGAUAAAGAAAAAUUUCAACACAAUAGGAACAGCUGAGGAAUACCAAGUUACUUUCGUUGUGUCCAAGUUAGAGGGUGGUGCAGCAGAUUGGUGGGAGACCUUGUCCAGGACAAUGGAAACUGAUAGGAUGACUUGGCGAGAAUUUGAGGAAGUUUUCAGGGAACAAUAUUUUAGUCCAUCUCACAGGAGGGCUCUUAUUGGAGUAUUUGAUGGUCUAAGACAAGGGGAUAUGACUGUGAAUGAAUUUUACAUGAAGUUUGUAGAGCUAUCCUCUUAUGCAUAUCCUGGUGUUGUUGAUCAACCCUUGGUGAUUGAACAGUUCAUGUGUCGUUUGAGGCCUGCGAUACGUGGUCCAAUAACCCCUUUGACCUUUAACAACCUGACUGAGUGUGUGACAGCAGCCUUGCAAACUGAGGCUCAUGUUGAGGGGAAUGAGAAGAAGAACACAAGCAGAGGAAGAGGAAAUGACCGAAAGAUGACCAAGAAGAAUCAAGGACAGUGGUCCCAAGGACAACAAUUUAGUGGGGGUAGCACUAGUAGUGGUUCAUCUGGAAAGACUCGUAGUGGACCAUACGGGUGUUUCUGUUGUGGUCAACAAGGUCAUAAGAAGAAAGAUUGCCCGCAACGACAACAAAGAUUUCAAGCAUCUCAUGGAGGACCCAUAGGGAGCUAUGUAGAGUCUACUCCUUUUCAUGGACAACCCAGGACAAACCAGUCUCAGUCUUCAUCUUAUGGUUUCACACCCCAAUCGGGCCACCAGUCUCAGUAUCCACAUCAGUUCAGGCCGCAAGGUUCAGGGUUCAACAUGGGGUACUCACAAGUUGUCCAAACUCCUGCUCCUAGUGGGAGUCAAAGAGGGUACAAUCAAGGUGGAGGGUCUGGUGCAAGUACAAGCUAUCCUAGUCAGGGAAGGGGAAAGGCAAAAUCAAAGUCAUCCGCUCAAGCCUACGCUCUUGGGGUUGAUGAUGUACAGGGCGGUGCUGAUCAGGGAGUUGUCGAUGGUAUGGUUCUUAUCUCACACUCUUGGGCUCAUGUGUUAUUUGAUACUGGUGCAUCGCAUUCCUUUAUAUCUUUGAUGUUUGCUAGUAUGUUGGGUUUGAGUUGGGAAACUUUUAUUCCUGCAUUGCAUUUGAGUGUACCUAUGGGGGGACAUGGUGAGGUAUCCACCAUAUGUAGGUCAGUUUGUAUUGUGUUCGAGGGACACAAGUUGUCUGGAAACUUACUAGUGUUGCCUAUGGGGAAAUUUGAUGUAAUUCUUGGUAUGGAUUGGUUGUCUAAAUACCAAGCUAUUGUGGAUUGUUCACGUAAAAGAGUGACUCUUUUAACCCCUAGUGGUGAUUUCAUUGUUUAUCGAGCCAACAUGAGUGCAGUGAGACAAAAUCCUAUCUUAAGGGCAUGUUUAGGUGGAAAGAGAAACUUAGAGUGUUAUGGGAAUCUGUUUGCGAUCGAUGAUGAGUCUAGGGAUUUAGACCAGUUCCCUUGGAUAUUAGUGGUUAGUGGUUUUCCGGAUGUGUUUCCAGAGGAUUUACCAGGGUUACCACCUGAUAGGGAGAUCGAGUUUUGCCUUGAUUGGAUUCCCGGAGCUCAACCAGUUUCUAUUGCGCCUUAUCGCAUGGCACCUGCAGAGUUGGCUGAAUUGAAAAAACAAUUAGGGGAGUUAAUGGAUAAGGGUUACAUCAGACAUAGUACUUCUCCAUGGGGAGCUCCAGUCUUGUUUGCCAAGAAAGCUGAUGGGACUUUGCGACUUUGUGUGGACUAUAGAAAGCUGAAUCAGAUGACAAUUAAAAACAAAUAUUCUUUACCGAGGAUUGAUGAACUAUUUGAUCAACUUGGUGGUUCAAAGUUCUUUUCAAAGAUUGAUCUGAGGUCAGGCUACCACCAAUUGAGGAUUAGGGAAGAAGAUAUCCCUAAGAUUGCUUUCAGGACACGGUAUGGACACUUUGAGUUUUUGGUAAUGCCAUUUGGGCUAACGAAUGCACCUGCUUCAUUUAUGGAUCUUAUGAAUAGAGUCUUUAGACCUUUCUUGGAUAAGUUUGUGGUGGUAUUUAUUGAUGAUAUCUUGGUGUAUUCUAAGACACGUGAGGAUCAUGCUGAACACUUGACAACAGUAUUACAGACAUUGAGAGAUCAUCAAUUAUACGCUAAGAAAGAGAAGUAUGAAUUUUGGAUGACUGAAGUCAAGUUCUUGGCCAUGUAAUUUCUCAAGAUGGUAUCACCGUUGAUCCUUCAAAGAUAGACUCUAUUCUACAGUGGGAAAGACCAAAGAAUGUCACUGAAGUUUGAAGUUUUCUUGGGUUGGCAGGCUACUA